UUACAAACCUUUAUGAAAAGUGAGGUGCCCGAAGGAUAUGUCAAAGUGUCCAUAGAGCAAGAAAUCCGUAACCAUCCCUCUUCAACGCCGCUUAUUGUGGUGGAUUUAAAAUCGCUUUGCGGUUCAAUUUCUGGAGCCGAUCGGCCCGGCCUACUUUGUGGAGGGCGAUUCGAACUUGUCUACCGCCAGCUCGAUGAGUUUUUCGGCAGAUUAACAACAUUGGGCGUGAAGCUGGUUUUUGUAAGCGAUGGUCCAACGAGACCGUCUAGGUUUGAUUGCUGGAUGCAAAGAAGCGACGAUAGAUAUAAUAACUGCAUAAAAAUAACGGACGCAAUCGAUCGUGGCACUAAUCUUGAUUCGUUGGUGGAAAAUUUCGGCAACAUUCCUGCAAACACCUAUCCGUUCGAGGAAAUAGCGCGGAAACAUGGUACUUUUAGAAUUUCGAUUGUAAGUGACUGCGACCAGGAUGUGACCACCUACGCAACUACGCAACAGGCUUUGGCCGUUAUUACGAAUGAUACGGAUUUUCUCAUUUUUGAUGCCACUUGGCAUGUUUGGGUUGCAGGGGGGUUGAAUAUGAACGAAUUUACGACGUAUGUGUUCAACCGAAACAAUUUGAUUCGAUAUCUCGGGCUCAACCGUAAUCAAAUGCCCUUAUUGGCAUCAUUAGUGGGUAAUGAUAUCGUUGAUUAUCUGGAACUUAAACGUUUCCAUUCACGAAUGGGAAAUCCAAAGAAAAAGUUUCAAAACGUGGCUAAUUUCAUACGCUCGCGGCCAAACGCGUCUGUGAGAGCUAUUUUGUUGCAAGUUUUCGGUGAGGCUAGCUCGGAACUAGUAAAUCGAUUCCAAUCAAGUAUUGACUCCUAUAAUAUCGACCCUUCGAUACUCGAACCCAAUAACAAUCACGACGCAAGGCUGCAAACUCUGAUCUCUCAAAAUAACGAACUUGCCUACCAAUUAUGGACCGAAAAUCCGUUUCAACUUUCUGGUCACUUCAUUGAUCUACGUGGUGAAAAAAACGGAUUCAAUUACGCCGAGCUCAUGUUUCCACUGCUCGAGCGUCAGGCCGGAAUCAUAUUGUGGGAAAAGCAAAAUAUCAACGAAUUCACCUUGAUCGUCAAAACUCAUCACAAUGCUGCAUAUAGUAAGAUAAAACGGCACGUUAACCGUCCCCAGCAUAUUACACCGAUCUCAUUUGCCGACCUGUUGUCAGAAGAUUCGGUCGUGCGGGAAAAUACACGCACCAAACGGCUGCAAUUAUUUUGCUGGGUGGUAUCGGGUAGUUUGGACUAUCGCCUGCUUCAGUCCCUGCCGGAAAGAUUGUGGCUUACCGUUUCUACGCUUUAUUAUUUGAUCGAAAAGAAAAUUCUAAACGACUUCGAAGCUGAUCUCCUGCUGCUCGUCAGUCACAGAGUUUCGGCUGGAUCGUACGAUCUUCAAGCACUUCAAUAUCCGAAAAUUUUAAAGCCAAGACCGUUUCGUAUAGCGUUUCUAUUCACGGGAAUGUACCGACAACUGUCCGAGGCCUUCGAACGAUUAGGUUUAACGGGAAAAGGCUCUCUCAACUAUCCUCGAUUUGACGGUGUCCUGUUUCAUAGACUCUACGAUGAGUGUACUCUAUCGAACAAACCUUUCGACGAGAUCCGCGAAUGGAGAUUGUAUGCUUCCGGAAUGAUGCAAAAGAGGCCGUGA